UCUGUUCCUCACACAGAGAGAGUCUUUUCAGCAGUGCCGUAUCCCACAAUGCUCGUGUGAUCUGCUAGUAUCAUGGCACACAGCAGACGUGAUGCAGUCACCAGUAAUGCACCAGAACAGGGACAGUUCACCCAAAAGAGAGAAAGAGAUCACGACUAAGAUGGACCCGUCUAACGGGCUGAACCGGCCGCUGGACAUCGUCCCGCACACGGAGGUGAAGAUGAAGGACAGGGGACAGUGGAGCAACAAGCUGGAGUUUGUCCUGUCGGUGGCUGGAGAGAUCAUCGGACUGGGAAACGUGUGGCGCUUCCCGUAUCUCUGCUACAAGAACGGUGGCGGUGAGGAGACGGAGCGGUUACUGUGACAGUACCACGAUAAUGAUUAUCAUAUUCUUUGUACAUUAAAAAAUUGCCAAAACAUGCUAUUACUCUGAUACCAUGUGCAAAAAGCCAUGUUAUACCAUGGUACAUCUUCAAAAACAUGGUAUUACCCUGGUAAGUCUCAGUUUAACACAAUAUUACCGUGGCGAACAUGUCCAAAAACAUGAAAUUUUUUACCAUGGUACUUGUCCAUAAAAAACCUGAUACAUGUCUAAAAAGCACAUAUCCCCCAGAAAAACAUGGCGUUAAAAUAGUACAUGUUCUAAAAAUCAUGGUACAUGUCCAGAAACAUAGUAUUUACAUAGCACACGAUUAUAAAAAAAAACAUGUUUUAUCAGGGUACAUGUACAGAAAUCUAAGUAUCAUCAUGGUACAUGUCCAAAAACAUGUUAUUUGCAUAGUACAUGUUUUUUUUAAACAUGUUUUA